UUCUCUUGCACACACACAUAAAUAUGGAAGAACGAGCUGAAGAAGCACGACAAGCAGAAAAUAGAGAAUAUAGAAAAAGUAUACAACAAAAUGACGAUUUAUUACGACGAUCAACAACAUUUACCGUCUAUGAAAAGAAACUGGUGAUUGGGUUUCUCAUCAUUCCAUUUGCCAUUGCAGGUGCUUUGAUCCGAGUUGGUCUUCAACAAUUGGAAACAUACAAUGGCGCUCCCGUAUUCCCUCUCAUAUAUGCGCAAUGGCUUGGUUGUGUUAUUAUGGGCAUAGUCACUAUUCACAAACAUUAUCUCUUCUUUCUUUAUCAUCCAAUACAAGCAGCAUUGUCUUCCGGGCUCUGUGGCUCCAUCACCACUUUCUCUUCUUGGCAACUAGCGAUCUUUGAAGCAUUUGCUAAUACAGCUGGAGCCGAUCAUACACGUGGAAAGAACAUUCUGGAUGCCAUCUCUCAAUUGCUGGUCACGCUUGCUAUGUCUUUCACUGGUUAUCAGUUUGGUCAUCAUAUCGGUAUCUGGUUGGAACAUCUUUUCUCAUCACUACAUAACACACAGGAAACAAUAGAUAAGACGCCUGCUCCUCAUAUCGUCUCUUGUGGUUUCUCUUCUGAUCGACUUGAUGGCCGGGAUUACCUGAUCAUCACCUUGGGUGGACUAUGUUGGCUUGGUGUAGUAUUAGCGGCUAUCUUUGCACCAAUGUCAGGAAAACAAUUAGCAUUGACUUGUGUAUUCGCACCAGUGGGUGCCUUGAUGCGUUGGUAUCUCUCUUUUUACAAUGCUGUUCGGUUGGAUUUCUAUGUUGGCACAUUCUCUGCCAAUCUUUUGGGUACCCUUUUUCUGGCUGUUCUUUCCUUGUUACGUUCUGGCAUUCCUAUGACAUCCAUUUCUUGUUUUGUUCUUGGUGCUUUAGCGGAUGGACUAUGUGGCUGUUUGACAACCAUUUCUACCUUUGUGGUUGAACUGACUAUUUUACCUAAUCGACAAUCCUACAUCUAUGGUGCAACAUCCAUUGUUCUAGGUCAAUGUCUCAUGUUCCUUGUGUUUGGAUGUUAUAUUUGGACUCACGGUGUCAAUCCUACUUGUUAACUAAUAAAAUUCCCUUCCUACUGAUACCACUUUUGUAGAUAGUUUACUAGAUAGAUAUAAUCUUAUAAUUUAUUAAUAAAUGUAUGAUGAUGAUGAUGAUGAUGAUGAUGGGAUGAU